CGCAACCUCUUUCACUUCCUGUCCGUGUGCAAAAAUGGCGACGCGCAAGGAAUCAUCCGCUGGAGCUUCUACUUCACUGGAAUCACAAGUUAAACGUGUUCAAAUUGACGGACUAGUGGUUCUGAAGAUCAUAAAGCAUUACCAGGAGGAAGGACGGGGCAGCGAGGUGGUACAGGGCGUCUUGCUGGGACUGGUGGUUGAUGACCGCCUGGAGAUCACUAACUGCUUCCCAUUUCCCCAGCACACAGAGGACGAUGCCGACUUUGACGAAGUUCAAUACCAGAUGGAGAUGAUGAGGAGCCUCCGUCACGUCAACAUCGACCACCUCCACGUCGGCUGGUACCAGUCUACGGAUUACGGCUCCUUCGUGAGCCGAGCUCUGCUGGACUCCCAGUUCAGCUACCAGCACGCUAUCGAGGAGUCUGUGGUGCUUAUUUACGAUCCCAUCAAGACGGCACAAGGCUCGCUGUCCCUCAAAGCCUACAGGUUAACACCUAAGCUGAUGGAGAUCUGUAAGGAGAAAGAUUUUUCUCCAGAAGGGCUGAAGAAAGCCAACGUCAGCUACGAGCACAUGUUCGAAGAAGUGCCGAUCUCCAUCAAGAACUCUCACCUGAUGAACGUGCUGAUGUGGGAUUUAGAGGACAAGAGCACCCUGGCUGACAAACACGAACUACUCAGUUUAUCCAGCAGCAACCAUCUGGAGAAGAGUCUGCAGCUGCUGAUGGAUCGCAUCGACGACACCAACCAGGAAAUCAACAAGUACAACACGUACUCGCGCAACCUGAGCAAGCAGCAGCAGCAGAAACACCAGUACCUACAAAGGCGACAGCAGGAGAACGCCCAGCGUCAGAGUCGAGGAGAACCACCACUGCCUGAGGAGGACAUCAGCAAGAUGUUCAAACCCCCACCGCCUCCCCCACGCAUGGACACGCUCCUCAUCGCAGGACAAAUCAACAACUACUGUCAGAAUGUGAAGGAGUUCACCUCUCAGAACCUCGGCAAGCUCUUCAUGGCAGAGGCGCUACAAGAGCUCAGCAGCUGAAGAGACGAACAGACGAGCUUGUGGAUCGGGUGUACACCGCUAAACGUUACACAACAGCGCUAAUUUCCCAAAUGCAAAACACAUCCAUAUCACUCUGUCCAGAAAGUUAAUAAAAUGUGUGCAUCCACUA